AUGCUCAUAAUUCUCUGGGAGUGUUGCGCCGUGAUAGGUCAAGCGGCGCCUGAGAGUCCGUUUGACAAACGACGACUUCCCACGGCUGCCUCAGGUGUGAGGUCCGCCAUAAAUAUGGGCCGCCGUGAUUCACGACAUGUUUCCGACGAGCAACAGCACUCUGAUCUAUCUGAUUUGAUUGGAAAAGAUCUCGCUGAUUGGAUAGGAUCUGUCGUUGUCCAGGAGGAUGGACGGAUCACAACGGAGGACGCCUCGGAGUAG